AUGUCCGACACGCAAGGAAUGACUUCACUGCUCAUCGAGGCAGAUUUUGCUGGCGCACAAGUCUAUGUGUCUCACUCUCUGGCUCAAAAAGGUACUCACAUGGUGUCUAUGCGGUCAGCAUCAGUUCGUGCUAUGCUCGUGGUUCUCAUCUUCGCGUUGGCCCAGCUGGGAUCCUCUGCCAAAACACCUGCUUCGCGCAACCAUGGCUCGUUCUUCAAGCCUAGGGAUCUACCCGCAUCGCCGCGCCUGAACAUUGCCCGGGACGCUGGUACUCUGCCGUCUGGAAUUCGAAUGCCGCCGCAGCUACCUUUCACUUUCAACGACACGGUCGAGUCUAUUCAAGACAAGGCGAGGGCUUACAUUGCGCUCCAAGACACAGCCCUCCAAAAAAUCCUGGACUCUGACAUCUACAAGGAAGUGGAGAAAGUCCAUGUCGAUACGUUCGCUGCAUUCACGAGCACCUUUCUCAACGAAAGCUACUUCAAGCUGGUCGACCACGUAUUCCAGACGAACGAGAACGGCACGGACCUUGACUCAGAGGAUCAAACCCUCCUGUCGCUCUUCCGAAAUGGUUUCGUCUCCCAGGGGUUGGUGCUCCCAGCCGGCGCUCAACGCGACGAAUACAACGCAAAACUAGCACGCAUCGAUGAGCUCACAGACAAAUACAUGGCUGGUCUCAAAGAUCCUAGUUUCGUGUACUUCACGGCCGAAGAGCUCGACGGGGUGUCUACACAGCUACUGCAGACCUUCGAAAAGGGCACCGGCAACGAAACCGGAAAGCUGGGCUUCGACGCUGGUGUUGUUUCGACUUUCACCGAGGUUGCAACCACAGCCAAGAACGAGACGACGAGAUUCGUUGCCUUCCUGGCGUAUGCACACCGAGCGCCAGAGAACAUCGGUUUCUUGAAAGAGCAGAUUGAACUGCGUCUCGAAGUUGCUCAGCUCCUCAAUUACACUACAUGGGCGGACUAUGCCAUCUCGAGUGGAGUUGCCAGAUCGAGAGACACCGUGCUGGAUUUCAUUGCAGACGUCGGCCCAAAAGUUAGAUCGAAAGUCGAGGAAGAGCUCGCAGCUCUUAACGAGAUCAAGUCAAAGGAUGCCGUUGUCAGUCCGGUCGGCGACGCAGAUGUGGUCUACCGUUGGGACAAGGAAUAUUACGGCGAAAUUGAACGCCGCACCAAAUACGACGUCGACGCAGAGAAGACGGCGGCAUACUUUCCGGUCAACUUCACCGUCCCUGCGAUCCUCGACUUCUACGGGAAAAUCUACGGGAUCUACUUUGACCGCAUCCAAGGACAGGACGCCGAUGCGUUGUCACCUACGGGCAAGGGCAGCGACUUGGUGUGGCAUCCAGAUGUGUGGAUGUAUGCCGUUUGGGACAACGACGCUUAUCGAGAUGCCUACAAGGUUAACGGUUACAUAGGCCCGGACGGCUGCGAGGUACUUCCCUCGGUGAUGGCGCUCCUCGAAUUUGAGAAAAGCGAUAACGAGGAUGUCAAACCAAGUCUCAUACCAUACGCCGAUCUUCCCGGACUCAUGCACGAACUCGGCCACUGCAUCGACUUCGUGGAGGUAAGGAGGUUGUACAAGAUGAGAAGAUGUGAGAAGAGUCUGACAAUCAACCAGUUCCCCUCGCAGUUCAUGGAGAACUUUUCGCGUGUGCCAGAAGCUCUGAAACUCAUCACCAAACACUGGUCGUCGUACUCUCCUCAAGCCGCGGAGGCAUGGAGAAAGGAGCAAGGCUCGAACGCAACUGAUGCACCACUUCCGCCGGCGACCAUGCCGGACGAUCUCAUCGCUCAGGUGAUCAAAUCCACGGAAAACGCGCGAGCGAUCAGACAAAUCGGAUUGCUUACUCUUGCUCAAAUCGACCAAGACCUCUACGGGUUCAAGACCGUCUCCGACGCCGAAGGCGUGGACCCGGCUGGCCUGUUCAAUACCGUAUACCGCAACUUUAGCGGUAUUCCCGACCCGACUGAUAUCGGAGGUGGUAUUCACUGGGGCAACUUUGUGGGCCAAAUUGACCAGUUUUCGCGGGACCUCUAUGCCGGUACACUCUACUCCUAUGCAUGGUGCUUUGUCUAUGCAGAGGAUUUGUUCUACAGUUUCUUCGUCGACGAUCCGUUCAAUGCCGAGGUGGGAAUGCGCUACCGGACUGAGGUGCUGCAGCCGGGCGCAUCGACGGAUCAGCUCACGUUGUUGACGAACUUCCUGGGCCGGGCAGUGAGCAAAGAUGGGUACUACAAGUACUUGGGCGUGUCGACGACUUGA